AUGAAGGGGAAAAAGACACUACUGGAAUACUUCGACAUGUGCAAUGAGAUAUCUAUAGAUCUGAAUAUUGGCACGAAAGACGCAAAUCAGCAUGAGGAAGGCAGUUGCACAGAUACCAAUCUUGAAAAUCUUGAGCAUAAUGUGAAGAGAGCUUGCAAAAACACUAAUGAUUUCAAAAUAAACGACAGUAUGAUUAAAGAUACAAAAUCAAAUAAAAUUCAUGCAAGCAUGAAUAAUGAAUAUGCUCAUGAAGACGGUAUACUUGAAAGUAUAUUUGUAAAUGCAGAUAAUACAAGCAUCAAGAAUAAAGUGAAUGCUGAGAUUAUGGGAAGAUAUAGAUUUCUUGUUGAUGUUAGAGAUAAGGAUGGAAAGAAAAAAGGAGAACAGGGAUAUGAUGGAUCAACACUUUUGAUACCUGAGGAUGAAUAUACAAAGCUUAGUCCAUUUGAGAAGCAAUUCUGGAGUAUAAAGAAGGACCACUUUGAUACCGUAGUGUUUUUCAAGAAAGGCAAGUUCUACGAGUUGUAUGAGGAUGAUGCUCUUAUUGGAGCAAGGCUGUUUGAUCUGAAGGUGACUGGCAGGGUCAAUAUGAGGAUGUCUGGAUUUCCUGAGGGAAGUCUCGACUACUGGACAAAGAAGUUUUUAGAGAAUGGAUACAAAAUAGCAAGAGUUGAGCAGAGCGAAAACAUGAUCGGAAAGCAGAUCAGGGAGAGAAGUGAGAAAGAAGAAAAAAGAGCAAGCAUAACGAAAGAAAAGAUUAUUCAUAGGGAGUUGAAGGAGGUUAUUACACAGGGAACAAUAUACAGUGCGGAUCACAUGAGAUCUGUAAUGCCGAUGUAUUUGAUGAGUGUUGCAGAGGAUAAUACCUGUUAUGCUAAGAGCUGUGAAGGAAGAGUUCAUCUAUCUGUGAUGCUGUACGAUGCAAGUGUUGGAGAUGUGUAUUUGUCGUCAUUUUGCGAUGAUGAAGAUCGAAAUAUGCUGAAGACGAUACUGGCACAGUAUGAUGUGCGUGAGAUGAUAUCGAGGUAUGAAAUUGAUGGGAUUCCCAGAAUUGUACCUGAUUGCACAGUAGUAGUAUUUGAACGCAAGCAUGUAUUUGAGAAUGAGCGAGAGUAUGUGUGCUUUAUGUAUAUGCAGAAUUACAUGGUGAGACUUAAAAGGCCUAGUGCGUUAGAUGAUGCCCGGAUUCAGCGACUUGGAGAAAGCAGCGGAAGGAUGGUGAUAGAUGGAAAUGUGCUAAGGAGCAUGGAAGUAUUUAAGAAUAGCUAUGACGGUGGUGUAGAGAAGACCUUGUUUAAUGCAGUAAAUUUCUGUGUUACUGCGUUUGGACAGAGAUUGUUGCGAAGGUGGAUUUUGCAGCCUCUGAUGAAUGAGGCAGAGAUAAUGGAAAGACAGACAAUGUGCAGAAUAAUGAAGAAGAUAAAUGUUGAGGAUUUGAGGAAAUGCAUGAAAAAGAUUGGAGAUGGAGAAAGGUUGGUUACGAGACUCUACAAUGGAAGUCCAAGAGUCAAUGAUCUGAACAAGUUUCUUAUUUGUGUUGACAGUAGUAAAGAGUUUUUAUCUAUGCUACUAAUGAAUAUUGAGAAUAUGGUUAGUUAUAUAGAUGAUUUAGAAUGCAUAAUGAUUCAACGUAUAAAGAAUUCAUGCAUAGAGUAUGUGAAUAAUAUUGAUGAAGUGCUUGAAAUGCACAAAAGAAAGUAUGAAGUGAGUGAUACGGAUAUAGAUGUUGGGAAAGAGGAGGAUGAGGAACUGUGUAUGCUUGUUAAAGAAAAGAAUGCAAUUGAGAAUGAAUUGAACGAGUAUUUAGAGAGGCAAAGAACAUUGAUGAGAAACAAAGAUAUCAUAUUCAGAGAUAUAGGCAAGGAUGUUUUUCAGAUUGAAGUGCCUAAGGAAGUGACAGUUCCUGUUGGUUAUGUGAUUUUUUCAUCAACGAAGAAUGUCAAUAGAUACUACACUGAUGAUGUUCGAAGAUUAAUCAGCAGAUAUAAUGAAUGUGAAGAGCGAAUAUUCCAGUCGCGAGGGAUGCUGUUAAAGAGAGCAAUAGAUGUUCUUAUUCCGCAUGUUUUUGUGCUUAGACAGAUUUUUUCUUAUAUUGCACAGAUUGACUGCUAUGUUUCGUUUGCGAUGUUUUCGUUAGCAAUGAAAGGAAGUGUGCCUGUUGUUUCUGAGAUACUGAGUGUGAGUGGGAUGUGGAACCCUGUGUAUGAGGGACAUGUAAAGAAUGACUAUAGAGCGGAAAAAAAGGUUCUUAUGCUUACAGGUGCGAACAUGGGAGGGAAGUCGACGUUUUUACGGACUGUUUGCAUGAAUGUUAUUCUUGGUCAGGUUGGAAUGGAUGUAUGUUGUGAAAGGAUGGAGACCCCGCUGUUUGACAGGAUAUUUACGAGAAUAGGUGCUUCAGACAAUCUUGUGAAAGGUGAGUCUACCUUUAUGGUUGAGCUGAGUGAGGCUGCAAGUGUCUUGAAACACUCAACAAACAGAUCAUUUGUGAUAAUGGAUGAGCUUGGAAGAGGGACGUCUACAAAGGACGGAGAAUGUAUUGCAGUUGCUGUUAUUGAGUUUUUGAAGCAACGAGGAUGUCAUGUGAUGUUUUCAACGCAUUACCAUAGGAUGGCUCGAAGAAUGGAAGGAGUUAUGAAUGGAUACAUGAGCUCGGUUGUACGAGACAAAGAUGUGAUAUUUCUGUAUAAGCUUGUGCCAGGAGUAUCUGGGGACUCACACGGAUUGAAUGUUGCAAGGAUGGCAGGUGUUCCUGAGGAUGUAGUUGCUAGGGCUGAAGAAAUCAGAAAUGCAAUAGAGAGGAGAUGGCAUGAUGAGAGAGAAGGUGGAUUGAGAAUGAAUGUAAGAGUUGGCAUGGCAACAAAGGGCAUGAGUCUGGAAGAUAGUGACGCAAGCCAAUCAUAA